AUGUCUCAGGCCAAGGCCGCCGCCAACAAGGCCGCCAAGAAGCCUGCCGCCCCCGUCGCGCAGGCGGACGACUGGGACAGCGACGAGAGCUCCGCCGUCCCGGGCACCACCGUCCUGGCCCAGCGCAGCGAACCACCACCGCAGCCCUCGCCUCGUCCAGCCAAGACCGCAGAUUCACGUCGUCGACCUGACGCGUCGAGCAGAGGCAAGGCGGCAGCGCCUGAACCUACUCUGCCCGCUUCCCAGAGAGUCGUCCAGCGCCCGGCAAGUGGAAGCCCAAUCAAGCCCAAAUCGAAGCCCGUCAUCCAUCGCAACGACAGCGGACGCGAUCCACGAGCUCACACCGUCUCGAGCGCCACCGGCAGGCAACCCGCGACACAAUGCGAUGACCCCAACUGUCGCGAUCCCGGCUGCCUUCCGACAAGGCGUUCCACGGUGUCCUACCACCAACCUCAGCCGGCGCCAUACGCUACUCACUAUGCCCAGUAUCCCAACGGAGCAAUGCCUCCUCCAAUCGCCAGCAUGAUGAUGCCGCCGCCACCACGACCGCGCGCUGGCUCGACAUCCCGCGGCGCGAGACCUGUCAGCAUCCAUGGAUAUUCUGGCCUGUCAUAUAGCGGAGCCCAACCUGGCCCGCCUCCAUCCGCGUCUGCUUACUAUGGCUAUCCUCAACCCUACGCAGCUCCACAGGCUGCAGGAUAUUAUGGCUCGACACCAUCGACACAAGCACUGGACUACCCUCCCGCGUCGCCCGUCGUACCGCCUUCUCCAACGUCACCGAACAUGACGACCUACCCAGGCUUCCCGGGGUACGCUGGAGGCAUGUCUGCCCGAGCGAUGGCCCCCAACGUAGCUGGUCUGGAGAUGCCCAAGGCCGUGCAGCCACCUGGCAUCGCUCGCACCAUGUCAGCACGUAGAACAAACGAGCGUCGAGAUAGUCGUCUACUGGAGCUGGAACCGCCAGCUGCGGACUCGGAGUCUGUCACAUCGGAUUCAUCCGAAUAUGAGUCCGAACCAGAGCGUCAUCGCCGGAGACGAAGCUCCGCGCGAGAUUCUCGCCCGCGUGAGCAAAUGACCGUCGUCCGUCAUCCGAAACGACCCUCGGUCAGCCAGAAAUACUACACCGAGUCUUCGGUGCCAACGACGAGUCAGAUGCGGAGAGAGCCAUCACGACCGCGAGAGCCUCUACGACGGGCACCGCGGUCCGACAAUUAUUACGAGUAUCCUUCCAGCCCGGGCGUGAACGACUCGGACCCAACGCAACGCGCGAUGAUCCCUCGCCGCGGAACAACUUCUUCGUCUCAUAGCAGCCGUCGACCCUCUGUGUCGACGACUGCAUCUUCCGGGCGCACGAAGAACACAUCACUGACGAGUAACACCGACUACUCGAGUGAUUACUCCAAGGUCAUUCUGGAGGGGCCGAACGGCAGGCGCACGGCCUAUCUCUCCAAGGACCAACAGGCUGCUCUGUCCCGUCGCGCACGACAGCAGCAGAUGGACGAUAGAUAUGCCGAAGCGCAGCGACUGCAAGAAGAAAGAGUCUCAGCCUACCAAAGAGCAAUGAGUGGCGGAGAGCUGCACGAGCUGACCGCUGAGAACAUCAAAAAGUCGCAGUAUCGUAAGAGCGCCAGUCACGUCUCUGGACGCAGCCAAAAGAGCAGCGGCUCGGGAUCCCAGGCAUCCAAGGCUGAUGGCAUCAAGAUCCAACUUGGCGAUACGGUGCUACAUGUCUAUGGCGAUGCCAAAGUUGAAAUGAGGCCGGGGGAAGACGGCCGACCUGCACACUUCUUCAUCGCGAGCUCUUCGGGUCGAGACAGCGCGUACACGGCGAGCAGCAAGAGCUCUGGCAGCCGGAUGGGCCGCUCGCGUGCCCGAGGGGACAUGUCGAAGCGCGAGCGGAUUCCGGAAAACGAAUACGAGGAACCGCUGUGA